UAUCUAAAAACUGACGUGGUUGACUCAUCAUCCGACAAACAUCCAAAUUCCAAUCCACUAGCAAAAAUCCCUUGCAUCAGUAUCCACCCUAAAACUUCCUUUCACCAAAUCCCUCACUCGCCCGCCCUCAGUUUUACGUUAACCGUCAUCGCAUUACUCUGAAUCUUGGUGUACAAGAUUAUUCUCCUCAUCACUUUUUGUCUGCUAAGAUACUAAAAGGCAAAAAAAAACACAAAUACACAAACACUCACUGCAAAAGGAUUUUCUCUCAGAUUUUUCUUUCCUUUUUUUUAAAAAAAAAUCUCUGUUUAUUAAUUGUUCGUUUAAGAAUCUGGUACUUAGAGAAUGCAAAGGCAAACGCGGUAUAUGACGAGGACUAAUAGUAUGGUUAGAGGGAAACGGAGUUUGGAAGGAGAUGAAGACCAGCAGCCGGAGCCAAAACGUCCUGCUUUAGCUAGUGUGAUUGUUGAAGCUCUUAAGGUGGACAGCUUGCAGAAACUUUGUUCAUCUUUGGAACCCAUCCUUCGUAGAGUUGUAAGUGAAGAGGUGGAAAGAGCUUUGGCAAAAUUAGCCCCCCCUAGGCUUAAUGGAAGGUCUUCUCCAAAAUGUCUUGAAGGUCCAGGCGGAGGGAGCUUACAGCUCCGCUUCAGGUCCAGGUUGUCUCUCCCUCUUUACACAGGAGGAAAGGUAGAAGGGGAGCAGGGUGCUGCUAUCCAUAUUGUUCUAGUUGACUCCAACACUGGGCAUGUUGUAACAACCGGACCUGAAGCCUCUAUGAAGCUAGAUGUUGUGGUGCUUGAAGGUGAUUUUACCAAUGAGGAUGAUGAAGAUUGGACACAGGAGGAAUUUGAUAGCCAUUUGGUAAAAGAGCGUCCAGGAAAAAGACCACUGCUGACAGGUGACUUGCAAGUGACCCUGAAAGAGGGGAUUGGAACACUAGGAGACCUCACUUUUACUGACAAUUCAAGUUGGAUAAGAAGCAGGAAAUUCAGGCUUGGCUUGAAGGUUGCUUCUGGAUACUGUGAGGGUAUACGUGUACGGGAAGCUAAGACAGAGGCUUUUACUGUCAAGGAUCACAGAGGGGAAUUGUAUAAGAAGCACUACCCACCUUCACUGAAUGAUGAAGUAUGGAGAUUGGAAAAGAUUGGGAAAGAUGGGUCAUUUCACAAGAGGCUUAGCGCUGAAGGAAUAUUCACUGUUGAAGACUUUUUGCGGCUUGUUGUCAGGGAUCAGCAAAAGCUACGAAAUAUUCUGGGAAGUGGCAUGUCAAAUAAGAUGUGGGAAGCUCUAUUAGAUCAUGCAAAGACUUGUGUGCUGAGUGGGAAGCUUUAUGUUUACUAUACUGAUGAUUUAAGGAACAGUGGUGUUGUUUUCAAUAAUAUCUAUGAGUUGAAUGGCCUUAUUUCUGGGGAACAGUAUUUUCCUGCUGAUUCUCUAUCUGAUAGUCAGAAGGUUUAUGUAGAUUCACAGGUAAAGAAAGCCUAUGACAAUUGGAAUCAAGUCAUAGAGUAUGAUGGCAAGUCACUGUUGAACUUCAAGCAAAAUAGGUGGUCAAGUGCCCGGGAUGAACUUCAGAUAGGUGAACUAGAUUACACAAGUGCUGUCGAUCAUCAGAUGCAGUUACCACGGGUGCCAGUUCCAGUUCCUACUGAGCAAGUUCACUCAGGCCUACAAGUUGGAGGGUAUAACGAUAAUCAGUCGACCGGAUAUUCAGGGCAGUCCCAGAUUAUGAAUCCAAAUUCUCAUAAUCAAUUUGGCAACACGCAAUUUGUGCCACAAGACCAGCUAAUUGACAAUUCUCAGCAACCACAAAGCUCAAAAAACGAUACCAAUGUUGUUGGGCUGGCUCUUGGUCCUCCACAAUCAUCUAUCAUAGGAUUCCAAAAUAUUGGUUCUUCAAUGCAGCCAUCAAAUCUUAAUCCUUUCAACGAUUGGACGAACAACCACGAUAAGGGAGUCGAGGACUUUUUAUCAGAGGAAGAGAUCCGCGUAAGAAGUAAUGAAAUGCUCGAGAAUGAAGAAAUGCAGCACCUUCUCCGCCUUUUCAAUAUGGGAGGUAAUGCUUCCAUUAAUAUGACAGAAGACAGUGGGUACGGGUUCCCAAAUUACAUACCAUCCCCAAUGCCAAACUUUGUAGACGAAGACCGUUCACGUCCUGGCAAAGCUGUUGUAGGCUGGUUGAAGAUUAAGGCCGCAAUGAGAUGGGGAUUCUUUAUCCGAAAGAAAGCUGCUGAGAGACGGGCACAGAUAGUUGAGCUAGAAGAAGAAGAAGAAUAGCUAUGAAGUCUAUUUUUCAUUUUUAAGUGGAAAGGCUCUCAUUUCCGACUGGUUUCGGAAGUUGCUAGAACUCCAUGAAUGCCAGAGAAAAACUAGUGACACCGUGGGGAAUCUCUUCUUGUACAGUUUCCUGUACAGUAAGCUGUUUCUUUUCAAUUCCCUUAGUUAUGUACUUUCUUUUUUACCUUUGGUUUGUGUACUUGAUUAUUUGAGUUUCUAUUAAGGGGUCCCUUCCCCUCUCUUGCCUUGUUGACUGAUUUUUUUUUCUAAUGCAUUAAGUGUGUGACCAAA